AAGCCAUGUUGGAGCUGCACCCCGAGCGAGGGGCUGCGGGCGCGCUCCUCUCCUGGUGGGUGUGACCCGGCUCGGCGCGGCGGCGGGGGGCGGGGACGCCGGGCGGCUCGUCGUGGUCGGCGGCGGCCGCGGCGUGCAGCCGGGCGAUUGUGACCGGCGGCGGAGCCGGGCCGGCCGCGGGCGCUCCCUCCGUGCGGCCCCCGUGAGCGCCCCCCCUCCCCGGGCCGGGAGGGAGGCGGGGGGCACCCGGGGCCCGCCAUGAACCCGGGCUUCGAUCUGUCCCGCCGGAACCCGCAGGAGGACUUCGAGCUGAUCCAGCGCAUCGGCAGCGGCACCUACGGCGACGUCUACAAGGCACGGAAUGUCAACACUGGAGAAUUAGCAGCAAUUAAAGUGAUAAAAUUGGAACCAGGAGAAGACUUUGCGGUUGUACAGCAAGAAAUCAUUAUGAUGAAAGACUGCAAACACCCAAACAUUGUUGCUUAUUUUGGAAGCUAUCUCAGGCGAGAUAAACUUUGGAUUUGCAUGGAAUUCUGUGGAGGUGGCUCUUUACAGGACAUAUAUCAUGUAACUGGACCCCUUUCAGAACUGCAGAUUGCCUAUGUUAGCAGAGAAACUCUACAGGGGUUGUAUUACCUUCACAGUAAAGGAAAAAUGCACAGAGAUAUAAAGGGCGCUAACAUUCUACUAACGGAUAAUGGUCAUGUGAAACUAGCUGAUUUUGGAGUUUCUGCACAGAUAACAGCUACAAUUGCCAAACGGAAGUCUUUCAUUGGAACCCCAUAUUGGAUGGCCCCAGAAGUCGCGGCUGUUGAGAGGAAAGGCGGGUACAAUCAACUGUGUGACCUCUGGGCGGUGGGCAUCACUGCCAUCGAGCUGGCGGAGCUCCAGCCACCCAUGUUUGACCUUCAUCCGAUGAGGGCCUUGUUUCUAAUGACAAAAAGCAAUUUCCAGCCUCCUAAACUAAAAGAUAAGUUGAAGUGGUCAAAUAGUUUCCAUCAUUUUGUGAAGAUGGCUCUUACCAAAAAUCCAAAAAAAAGACCCAAUGCAGAAAAGCUAUUACAGCAUCCCUUUGUCACACAGCCUCUGACAAGGUCUUUGGCAAUAGAGUUGCUGGACAAAGUGAAUAAUCCAGACCAUUCCACAUACCACGAUUUUGAUGAUGAUGACCCAGAGCCUCUUGUUGCCGUACCACAUAGAAUUCCUUCAACGAGUAGAAAUGUGAGAGAAGAAAAAACGCGCUCAGAGAUAAACUUUGGCCAGGUAAAAUUUGAUCCGCCCUUAAGGAAGGAGACAGAGCCACAUCACGAACUUCCCGACAGUGAUGGUUUUUUCGACAGUUCAGAAGAAAUAUACUACACUGCAAGAUCUAAUCUGGAUCUGCAAUUAGAGUACGGACAAGGACACCAAAGCCAUUACUUUUUAGGUGGGAACAAGAGUCUUCUGAAGUCUGUUGAAGAGGAAUUACAUCAGCGAGGACAUGUGGCACACUUAGAAGAUGACGAAGGCGACGAUGACGACUCUAAGCAUUCAACCAUGAAAGCAAAAGUCCCGCCUCCUCUGCCACCAAAGCCUAAAUCCAUCUUCAUACCACAGGAUACACAUUCUGCUGAGGACGGUAAUCAAGGAACAAUCAAGAGAUGUCCCUCAUCAGGGAGCCCGGCAAAGCCAUCCCACGUUCCACCUAGGCCACCUCCCCCCAGGUUACCACCACAGAAGCCCGCUGUUUUAGGAAAUGGAGUGAACUCCUUCCAGCUAAAUGGUGAGCGAGACGGAUCAUUACAUCAGCAGCAGAGUGAGCAAAGAGGCACGAACCUUUCAAGAAAGGAGAAGAAGGACGUCCCGAAACCAAUUAGUAAUGGCCUUCCCCCAACACCUAAAGUGCAUAUGGGAGCGUGUUUUUCAAAGGUUUUUAAUGGAUGUCCCUUGAAAAUCCACUGUGCCACAUCUUGGAUAAAUCCAGACACGAGAGACCAGUACUUGAUAUUUGGCGCUGAAGAAGGCAUUUAUACCCUUAAUCUCAAUGAACUUCAUGAAACAUCAAUGGAACAGCUGUUCCCCCGCAGGUGUACGUGGCUAUAUGUGAUGAACAACUGCCUGCUGUCAGUCUCGGGCAAAGCCUCUCAGCUUUACUCCCAUAACUUACCAGGGCUUUUUGAUUAUGCAAGACAGAUGCAGAAGCUCCCUGUAGCCAUCCCAGCACACAAGCUCCCUGACCGAAUACUGCCCAGGAAAUUUGCUGUAUCAGCAAAGAUUCCUGAAACCAAGUGGUGCCAGAAGUGCUGUGUGGUGAGAAAUCCUUACACGGGCCAUAAGUACCUGUGCGGGGCGCUUCAGACCAGCAUUGUUCUAUUAGAGUGGGUUGAGCCAAUGCAGAAAUUUAUGUUAAUUAAGCACAUAGAGUUUCCCAUGCCGUGCCCACUCCGGAUGUUUGAGAUGCUGGUGGUCCCUGAGCAGGAGCACCCUCUGGUCUGUGUUGGCGUCAGCAGAGGGCGAGACUUCAACCAAGUGGUUCGGUUUGAGACGGUCAAUCCAAAUUCUACCUCGUCGUGGUUUACAGAGUCAGAUGCCCCGCAGACAAACGUCACUCAUGUGACCCAGCUGGAGAGAGACACCAUCCUUGUGUGCUUGGAUUGUUGUAUAAAAAUAGUGAAUCUCCAAGGAAGGUUGAAAUCCAGCAGGAAAUUGUCAUCAGAACUCACCUUCGAUUUCCAGAUCGAGUCCAUAGUUUGUCUACAAGACAGUGUGCUAGCUUUCUGGAAACACGGGAUGCAAGGUCGAAGCUUUAGAUCUAAUGAGGUAACACAAGAAAUUUCAGAUAACACAAGAAUCUUCAGACUCCUUGGAUCUGACAGGGUUGUGGUUUUGGAAAGUAGGCCAACUGAUAACCCAACAGCAAAUAGCAAUUUAUACAUCUUGGCGGGUCACGAAAACAGCUACUGAGAUACGGUGUUCUUGACAGUGACCUGUGGGAGAGAGUGACCACAGCUGCUGCAACGUUAGUGGAUGAGUGAAGCUAUGCAGACCCUGCAGGAACCUAGCUUCUGUUUCUUAUAAUUUAUUGUGGCAUGAGACAGAUGGGAGAACAUUUUGUUUUAAGUGGUAUGGAUAUAUUUAGCAUAUUGAACCACACAAGUGCUUAAUUCAUUGUUAUGUAAUCUUUGUACAUAUAAGCAGUAUUUUUCUGUGAAACUUCAUAUUGCUGAAGGCAUACACUAAGAAUUUAUGUAGAUAAUGUACUUUUUUGAGAUGUAAAAGUGUCUUAUCUGUACAGAUGUAAAUGUUGAUUAAAAUGCAACUAGGGUUAAUAUUUUAAGAAUUCUUUAGUAUAUUCUUGGGUGUGGUCAUAUUACGAAAUGGGAUGCUGGCAAUGAACCAAGACAUUAACACUAUUGUAUUUUUAUUAUAUAUAAUUUAGUAAUAUGGGCAUAAAUCCUGUAACUUUUAAAUGGUAACGAGCUGUAGUCAUUUUAUAAUCUUGUUUUUAAUUUUAAUGCACGUGCACUGGUGUUUCUCCUGCAGAGUAUUGACAUGUGACGUGUUGUCACAGAGAGGCUGUGACACCCACCGUGAAUAUGCAUUUGGUCUACAACAUCUUUUUUACAUGUAUUUGGGUUGUUUUCUAUGUGAAACAAACCAAUUAACCACCUGUUGUAGUAACUGAUCUUUUUAUAUUUAAGGAGAAUCGUGUAAGAUAAGCUUGUCUGUGCUUAGGAUACACCUUCUCGAAAACUUAAAUCAUGGAAUGGCGGUACCACGGUAGAACACUGCAGCUGUCGCCAGGGUUACAGUGUGCAUCAGAUCAACUAGCAUUGCUGAGGAGUCCACACUAGACAUUUCACAGUCUCACUGAAGAGCUGUCACAUUCCAGAGUGAGGUGAUCAAGUUUCUCGUGGGCUUUUACUUCUGUUGGCAUUAGUUUAUCACUUCCAUAUUUCUUUUGAUUUUGAGUAUUAAUACAUGGCCAAAAUAAUUUAGUUACUACCUCAUACAAACAUUAUAAUGGUUACUACAGAUCACAAGAAGUUAGUUUGGUUAAAAUCAUUGUUGAUUGGUUUUUUCCAAUGGAGUGUAUCUGUCUUAUCAAGAUAGAUAUCAAGUUGUAGCAAAGUGCACACCUCUGACUCUCUUUGGUAUAUGUUCAUAUGUUCUUUAUAUUUUGAUGUGAGUAUGUAUACACUAAGAACAAGCUAAAUUGUGAUUUAUGCUUCAUUUAUUUUAACUGAUAAUGGUUUUAAAUACGUUCCUGAUUGUACAUACUGUAAAAUAAACAUGUUUUUUAACAUGCU